CUGGUUGUGGUGAGAGCCUUCAAAUUCCAAAUUGCUCCUGCAGCUUGGACCGGUUAGGUGUAACUCGCCUCAUCGGUUGAACCGGCUCGCUGUUGCUUUAGCAAAGCCUCACAGACGUCUUCUCGUGGACUCUCGGCAGCUCGGUGAUCAGUCGAUUAUCGGGACUAGAGACUUGCGGCUGAGGUGUCUGGCGGACGGCGGCGGCGUCAUGUUUGCCCCCUGCGCGGGCCGGGGGCUCGGCCGCCUCUGGCUGGGUCGGCUCCAAUUCGGCGCGGGGCCCUGGGCCCCGGGCGCUGUCCAGACGAGGUCGUCCGGCUCGGGCGGGGAUGAGCGGCGGCCGGGAUCCGAGCUACAGACGCCUCAGCUGAGAUCCACCAGCCGCGCCGCUAAGGAGUGGGCGCUGCGGGUGAGCCCCUUCGGGCGGCUGCGGGUGCGGCUUCCGUGCCACGUGGCCGUGAGGGCCCUGGACCCCCUGUGCUACCCCGACGGUGACCGCGUGCUCGUUGCGGCGUGCAACGCGGAGGGCGGCCCGCGGGGCCUGGACGGCCUGCAGGUGACCUACGACGAGGCGUCGUGCGAGACGACCAUCGAGGCCGACAGCCUCGACCCCCGCGCCUCGGUGGCUGUGGACGCGCCCCUAAAGUUUGGUUUGGAUAUCAAGUCAUCAGGGUCCAGCUGUGUCAAAGUCCAAAAUAUGGAGUGUGAUGAUUGCAAAAUUGAAACCGAGCAGGGCACCAGUAUCUUACAGUCUGUCAAGAGUCAAAAAUUGCACAUUCAGACGAAAGGAGGCAGCGUGACCUGCAUGGGGACAGUAUACGGAAACAUAAAUAUUCACACAUCAAGUAAAAGUCAGUCUGUCACCAUAGACAAACUGCAGGGAAGCUGUGUUAACAUAUCUACUGAAGAUGGGUUGCUGAAAGCCAAGUAUCUUUACACAGAAUCGUCAUCCCUGUCUUCCAUGGCUGGGGAUAUUACUUUAGGAAGUGUUCAUGGUGAUAUAAUAUUACAAAGUAAGACGGGUAACAUCACAGUAGAUUCAUCCGCAGGGUGUCUGAAAGCCUCAACUCAUCAGGGUGCCAUAGAUGUCUAUGUCAGCCAGCUGGGGAAAGUGGAGCUGAAAUCUCACAGAGGCUCUGUGACAGUCAAGGUGCCACCUUCUCUUCAAGCAUGUGUACAGCUUUCAGGGAAAGAGGUGGACGUGAGCCCUGACGUCCCCAUUCAGGAAAUGACUGAGGAGCAGCAGUGUGCCGGCGUCAGGGUGACGGGAUUCAUGAAUCCAGCAAAGGAACAGGAAAACUGGAUUCAUGCUGCGGCCCCAGAAGGCACUGUAAACAUUAGAAGCCAAACCUGGUUUCAGUCCCUGAAACGGCAGGACUAAGAAGGGUUUAUGCUGUGUGUGCUUUGUAACAGUGCUUAGUGGAAAUGCGACUACCAAAGCGCGGACCGGCCAGCGGUACAUAAAUACCAAAACCAACACUGGACAUGGAUUCAGGCGCACCGCGAGGCGGGCUUUUGCAAAUACGAACUUAGCUCUCCUAUUCGUUUCCUGUUGCUCUGUAACAAAUUACAGUAGCGCCCCCUUCCUGGGGGAUGUUCCAAGACUCCAGCGGGUGCCUGGAUCCGUAGACGGCGCUGAACCCUGUAAACAAACGCAAGUGUCUUUCCACUCCGGUUAGCACUUGUGCACUUCUGCAGAUUAAAGCGUGGUGAGAAAAGCAGCGCACAUUGCCUUUCCUUCACAGUUUCACAGUUACAGCAUUCAUCCGCCUCACGGAUCAGAGCCACACCAGCGAGCGAUGUUGUCUCUUUCUGUACUGAGAGAGAACUCUCUCCCUGCCACAUCAGAGCGUUCCUGUUGGCGCCUCUGAAUCCAGGGUCACUACUGUGUGCUCCGAGGGUUAGCAAGAUGACUGCUACUCGCACCCAAGCCUGGUUGUGCUGUGCUGCACACAGUUUGAAACUCAUAAGUUGGUUAUUUCUGGAACUUUCAUCAGCCGCAGGUAACUGAUACCAGGGAAGGCAAAACCUUGGUUAAGAAAGAGACACCUGUACCCCAGAUUUAGUGGUGAAAACACAUACUCCCUUAGCAGGUCACCCUUGUGCAGGUUAAGGGCCCGCAGUUUGGGGUUCUCUGCUCUGGGUAACAGGGUGGAGUCAGGUCUGGCCUGCUUCCCUGGAGGCUCUGGGAAGAAAUCUGCUUCCAGGUUCACUCACAGCAAAAUCACAGGGUCCAGCUUAGGACCUUGUGAUGGAAACACCCGGCUUGCCGGCUGAGCCCUUCCCGUGUGACCCUCCGUCUCAAGCCAGCAGGGAUAACUGAGCCUUCCUCAAAAGCUGGGGGGAUUUGUGCUUUGACACACUCACCUGAUCGGGCCAGACCCCUCCAGGAAAAACCCGUCUUGCCCUGAUGAGGUGCCGUGGGGAGAUGGGGUGUCUUCCCAGCUGUACCCCGCCCUCCCCUUGAGGGAAGCCGGACACCAGGGCGGGGCCCGCAGGGCAGUGAGCUGGGCGGCUGUGUGUCCUUGCCUUGUCUACCUGCUACCUCUUCCGGCAUCAUCACAAAUAGAAAUGGUGACUAAAACACUGAGAAAAGGGGGCAGCUGCUACUGACUGCUAAUAUCUUUUGUGUAAUUAGGAUGUAUCUUGUGAGGGGGAAGAAACGUGCAGUUGUUUUAUUCCCAGGUGUAUAAAGAUAGACUUUUCACUUUCAUAAUGGUGUGCGAUAAGCAUUGGAUUUCAAAGUUUUUCAGCUCCUGAAAUAUUUUAACGAUACAAUACUGAAUAGACCUACCUUCUGAAUUUAUUUUUAUGAUUAGAAUAUGUCAGCUCUUAAAUACUAACUUUUAAUAAACCUUUCCAAAUACUGUGA